AUAGUAAAACAACAAAUACCAAUGUUAUGACCUCGAUGUAGCAAAUGAUUCUAGUCACGGUUACUCUGCCAAUGCUUCAUGAUGGAAAAGUGGGAAGGAAAAAUAGCGAUUGUAACUGGAACGUCGUCGGGUAUCGGGAGAGCAAUUGCAGUUCGGCUUGUAGAGGCUGGUGUUAAAGUCGUUGGGCUUGCAAGACGCGAAGAACGAGGGCGGGAACUUGCCGCGUAUUUGAACGGGAAAAAGGGCGAAUUUCACCAUAUCACUGCGGACGUCACCAAAGAGGAAGAUGUGCUGAAUGCCUACCGCUGGAUUGAAGCAAAUUUAGGGCCGGUCCAUAUUUUGGUUAACAAUGCGGGCAAUGUAAAGGAGGGAGGGUUGAUCGACACAGACUCGAGCGUACUUCGCGAGGUGUUCGAGCUUAACACUCUCAGUGUAUGCAUGAUGACCAAGGAUGCCGUAAAAAUGAUGAGAGCGCAUGGCAUUGACGAUGGCCAUAUAGUCCAUAUAAAUAGCGUGGGGGGCCACGUAAUUUUGAACAAUGUAAACGUUUACUCCGCAAGCAAACAUGCCGUAACGGUAUUGACCGAAACGCUGCGACGGGAACUGAACGCCAUGGGGAGCCAAAUCAAAAUCUCCAGCGUCAGCCCUGGAGUGGUCGAUACAGAGGUCUAUGACAACACCGUCGAACUGAAGGGUAUGGUCGAGAAAAUGACGACGUUAAAAGCUGAAGACGUCGUCGACACGGUAAUUUUUAUUCUGUCUCGACCUCCCCACGUGCAGAUUCACGACAUUUUCGUCCGACCAGUAAACCAGCCCUUCUAACCGCCACCCGCAUACAAAUUAUUAAUAAUUACUGUCUGUAACUGUUGUUACAAUCACAUAAUUAAACAAAAGUAACUCACCA